AACAAAAACUAAUGAGAAGUUAAGAACCCAAUCACAUCUCCUCUUCUCACUUUCUCAGUCUUCUUUUCCCCUUGUCUUCUCCAUCAUCGUAUUCAUCACUCCUCCCAAAAAAAUAAAAAUGGAUUCACCAACAUCUUCAAAAAGCUGGAGCAUCUAUGGAAGAAAAGAAAUCACCGCAAAAUACGAAAUCCAAGAAAGAAUCGGUUCAGGUACAUACUCAGAUGUUUACCGUGCACAACGAAGAUCAGAUGGUUAUACUGUCGCCUUAAAAGAGAUCCAUGAUUAUCAAAGUUCUUUUCGUGAGAUUGAAGCUCUUCAAACUCUUCAAAAUUGCCCUAAUGUCGUCGUUUUACACGAGUUUUUCUGGAGAGAAGAUGAAGAUGCUGUGCUUGUUUUGGAGUAUUUAAAGACUGAUUUAGCUUCUUUGAUAAUGGAAGCUAAGAAGAAGAAUAAUAACAACAACGAUUUUCUCUCUCCUCCUCAGAUUAAGCGAUGGAUUGUCCAGAUUUUACAUGGACUUGAUGCUUGUCAUCGGAAUUCUAUUGUUCAUCGUGAUCUUAAGCCUUCUAAUCUCUUGAUUUCGGAGGAUGGUGUACUCAAAUUAGCUGAUUUCGGCCAGGCAAGGAUUCUCCUGGAGCCAGGGUUUGUUGCAUCUGUGGAGGACUUGCAACACGACGAGCAAAGUAUUACUACUCAAGGUCAGUCAUCUACACAACAGCCUGAAGUUAUCAUCAAUGACUUGAGUGAACAGGCUUGUGUAAAUCAAGAGCAAGUUGAACUAAGCAAAGAAGAAUUUUUUAGAGACUUAGUUGAGCGAAAGGCUAAAGCUGCUGCUACUGCGGAUGACACAGAUAAGGAUUCGAAUGUCCCUGAUGGAGAUACUUCGUGUCUUGCUACUUGCACUAUGAGUGAGGUAGAAGAUGAUCUCCUCAAGGGUUCAUAUACAUAUGAACCCGAUGAAGGUGGGGAGGACAACUAUGGUCCUCUAACUUCAUGUGUUGGAACUCGCUGGUUUAGAGCUCCUGAGUUGCUCUAUGGUUCAACCAACUAUGGAGUGGAGGUUGAUCUCUGGUCAUUAGGGUGCAUUUUCUACGAGCUUUUCAGCUUAGAGCCCCUCUUUCCUGGAACCUCAGAUAUUGAUCAGCUCAGUAGAAUUUUUAAUGUCUUGGGCAACCUAACGGAAGAAAACUUCCCUGGCUGUUCGAACCUCCCUGAUUAUAAUAUGAUAUCGUUUAGUAACAUUGAGAAACCCAUUGGAUUAGAAUCACGCUUGCCAAACCGUUCACCUGAUGAAAUCCUUAUAGUUCAGAAGCUCCUGUGCUUCGAUCCUGCAAGUAGAGCUACUGCAAUGGAGCUGUUACACGACAAGUACCUCACGGAGGAUCCUUUGCCGGCUCCAAUUUCUGAGCUGAGAGUUCCAUUGUCCAGAUGUUCCCCUGAUGAGGAUUCUCCUGGGAAUUGGUACGAUUACAGGGAAACAGGUUCAGACUCAGAUUUUGAUGAGUAUGGUAGUGUGAAUGUGACAAAAACCGAAACUGGCUUCUCAGUUCGCUUUGACUGAGAAGAAUGUCAGAUCACAGGACCAUGUAUCAGUCGAUACAUGCUCUUCAAUUUUGAUUUCUUUAGUGGCUACUGGUUACCUGAAUGAUUCUUUGGAAUGCCAUAGCCGAAGUUGUUGAGGUGUUAUGCUGGCUAUAGGCAUUGUAGCCUGUGGAGCAUGUUAUCUUCUUAGUUGAGAGACAAUGGCCAGUUUUCAUGAAUGCAUUCUUAUAUGCUUUUACUCUGCUCACUCGUGUGCUCUAAACUAUUUUGACCUCUACCAUUUUAUUCUUAAGUUGAUGCACAAUAAAGUAAAACAAAAGUGCAGCCUGAAACUUACAAGUUGUAUUUGGCAAAGAGAUAAACUUUAGGUCAUGGAAUCUAAACCCGGGGGUUCCUUAAUCCUUUCCCUCGGGGUUUGAUCUGCUAACUGGUAGAGAUCGGAGAUACAUUAGUCUUGAAGGAUCUUUCUUUGUACCAUGUAUUUUUUCAAAAAACAAACAAUGAUAUCUCGAAAUUAUAUGUUUUUAAGUUCUCA